AUGAGCCCAGAAAAUGACACCAACGCGAGUUAUGAAGCUGAUUCCCACACUGAUUCUCCUUUGCCGAUCUAUCGAACGAAAGGGCGGUCCUUAGGAAUCGCCUUCGAACAUGUCGAAGUCCUGGGACAGGUGGCAACUGCGGGUGGUAUUCGGGAUCUACCAUCCAUGGUAUCCAAAAUUGUUACUCUGCCGCUCCGAUGGAUGCUGUCUGCCUCUGGGAAACAGUCCGCCCCGAGCAAGUCCAUUGUUCAGGAUAUCACGGGCGUCGUUUAUCCUGGAGAUAUGAUGCUCGUUCUGGGUCGACCUGGAUCGGGAUGCUCGACAGUUCUCAAGGCGCUGGCAAAUUACCAUGACUCCUUCGUUGAGGUCCGAGGAAGAGUUUCCUAUGCAAACAUGUCAUCCGAAGACAUGGCCAAAUACCAUCGUUCGGAGGCCAUCUACGCGAGCGAGGAAGACAUUCACUUUCCUACGCUCUCGACGCGGAACACCAUGGAUUUUGGGUACAAAUUGCGCAAACCAGCGACAGAAGAAAAGUCAGAUGCUGAAUUUGCCUCUGAAAAUUCUACAACAAUGCUGAACUCCCUCGGUAUUGCCCACACAAAAGACACAGUGGUUGGUAAUGCCUUCAUUCGGGGGGUUUCCGGCGGCGAGCGGAAGCGAAUCACUUUGGGAGAAGCUCUUUCCAUCAAUUCGGCAUACGGAUCGUGGGACAACCCCAUCCGUGGGCUUGACAGUUCGUCAGCCCUGCAGUUCCUUCGCCUCUUGAAAAGCAUCUCCAGGCAAACCGGCAUGACCAACAGUGUCUCCCUGUAUCAAGCAUCCGAGUCUAUGUACGAGGUGUUCGAUCGUGUUAUGGUACUCUACGACGGUCGCAUGAUAUUCUGCGGCGCAUCCCAGAAGGCGAAGCAAUACUUUGAGGACCUAGGUUUUGAAUGCCCGAGCCGCCAGUCAACGCCUGACUUCCUAACUGGGGUCACAUCUCCAAUCGAGCGAAAGAUCCGCAAAGACUUCCCAAAGCCUGUGCCUCAAGAUCCUGAUUCCCUGGAACGCGCGUUCCGUGAUAGCGAGAGCUACGGCCACCUUCUCGGCGAUAUCGAACAGUACUAUGCUCAUGUUGCUGAAAAUCAGCAAUAUACAACAUCUUUCAAACAGGAAACACAAAGCCUACGUUCGAGGUUCACUGCUCGAACCUCGGCUGCACCACGAUCCAUUCUAAAACAGUCUGUUGUUGCGGCUGCUCGUUAUUAUCAAUUGUUGUGGGGAGAUCGCCGCACAUUUGUCACAGUUCUUGCAUUCAACAUCGUCAAUGCAGUAAUCAAUGGGUCAGCAUAUUACAUGGCACCCAAGACCGCCACAGGAUCAUUUGAGAAAAGUGGAGCGUUGUUUUUCUCGCUCAUCUACUUUUUCCUCAACGCUUUGGCUGAAACGGCUGCCACAGUCAAUUCUCGCUCGGUUCUCUUGAAGCAGCUCAACUAUGGUUUCAUUCACCCGGUUUCCUAUGUCUUCGCUCAGACAGUUGCGGACAUUCCCGUCGCGGCAUUCCAAACUUUGAUUUUCUCAUGCAUGUAUUACUUUAUGCUAGGACUUGUUUUGGAUGUAUCCGACUUCUGGGUCUUUGCCCUGUUUGUCUUUGUUCAUUAUGGAGCAGUUCAGGCUAUGUUCCGAAUGCUUGGUGCAUGGUCACCAAACUUGAGUAUCGCUUUACUGAUGGCUGGGAGUGGCAUGCCUGUGUCGCUGUUAUAUUCUGGUUAUGCACCUACCAUUCCAACCAUGCAUCGUUGGGGAUCAUGGAUUCGAAGAAUCUGCCCAUCACCAUGGGCUCUUGAAGGCCUCAUGGCCAACGAAUUUGCCGAUCUUGAUGUAGAGUGCACCCCAGCCCAAAUGGUUCCUUCUGGUGCUAGGUAUCAUGACAUGCGAUAUCAAGGCUGCACUAUCCAAAGUAGCACAAAAGGCUCGAAUAUUGUGCCUGGCGUGACAUACUUGGAUAAAGUGUACAAGUAUGCGCCGAGUCAUAUUUGGAGAAACUUUGGCAUCAUAAUUGUUUUAUGGUUUCUUUAUACAGCCAUUGCCGCAAUUGGCCUUACAGUCAUGACCCGUGAAAGCAGCAACUCCUCAUCUCGAAUUUUCAAGAAGGGGGCCUUGCCCGGAGUUCCAGGUAAAUCUGCCACCCAAGACCCGGAAAAGGUCGCUGGUUCUGAUUCCUUCCUCCCUUCUCCUUCCGACACCGAAGGAUAUGUGCAAUCUCUGGAAAAGUCCUUCAGCUCAUCUCCACAAGGCCCUCACAGCUUGUUCACUUUCGACAAAUUGAGCUACUAUGUCACCGGCGGUGGCUCGGAGAAGCAGCUUCUUACCCAUGUGAGUGGCUACGCCCGACCUGGGCAGUUGACCGCUUUGAUGGGAGCUUCGGGAGCGGGAAAGACUACUUUGCUGGAUACAAUCGCCCAAAGGAAGUCAGAUGGCCGUGUUGAAGGUGAAAUGCUUUUGAACGGAAAGCCAUUGGACCGCACUUUUGCCCGUUCAUGUGGAUUCGUUCUACAGCAAGAUGUCCAUGAACCGACAGCGACAAUUCGAGAGGCACUUCAAUUCUCGGCUCGCAUGCGGCAACCCAAGGAUAUCCCUGAGUCUGAAAAACUAUCUUACGUUGAGCAUAUCAUUCGUUUACUUGAUCUUGAAAUGCUGUCUGAGGCUGUUGUCGGUGAAACCGGCGAUGGAAUGCUCAGCGUUGAAGAGCGAAAGCGAGUAACCAUCGGGGUCGAGCUCGCUGCACGUCCUUCCGCUUUGUUCUUUCUUGAUGAACCAACCUCGGGGUUGGAUAGCCAGGCGGCCUACGCACUUGUCGAGUUCUUGAAAAAGAUUGCUGCAGAGGGCCUUCCUAUUGUGUGUACUAUCCAUCAGCCAUCCGGUGUCCUGUUCGAUAUGUUUGAUCACAUUUUGCUACUUGCCCCUGGAGGAAAAACCGUUUUCUUUGGAGAAACAGGUGAUAACUCUGCAAACGUGGUUGACUAUUUUGAUCGAUACGGAGCCCACAUCGGGGCAAACGAUAAUCCAGCCGAGUUUAUAUUGUCCACGAUUACAGAUAACCAAUCUUCACGAGACUGGGUUUCGACAUGGGACAAUUCACCUGAGUCUAAGGAGCUUCAAGGCAAGAUUGUUGCACUGAACACCCAGUGGUUGACGACUCGCUCUCAAGAGAAAGGCCAAGGGGAAUCACAAUACUCUCUCGGGCAAUGGCAACAGACACUUGAAUUGACCAAGCGUCACUGGACCUCAGUGUGGCGGAACGGGCCAUACAACUUCAGCCGACUCUUCAAGGCCAUUUUUUGCGAGAUGUUUAUCGCCUUCAGUUUCUUCAAAGCCAACACAGAUGUCCAGGGGCUACAGAACCACAUGCUUGCAAUGCUGCUACUAUCCUGGAUCAUUCCCGCUACAGCAGCUGAUAUACAGGACAUUUGGUUCCAGAAAUGGGAUAUAUUUGCCGCACGCGAGAAAAAUGGUAUCUAUAAAUGGAGUGCGCUCUUGACUGCACUUAUUGUGGUGGAAAUCCCCUGGGGAAUAUGUUUCUACACUAUCGUGUUUUUCUGCAGUUACUGGACCGUUGGAUUCCCUAAUACUCCGAUUCUGGCAGGAUUCCAGUACUUCAUGUUCAUUCUUCUUUCAUUCUUUGGUACUGGCUAUUCACAACUGCUUGCGGCCCUCUUUCCAAGCCGUGCCAUGGCCAGCUACGCCAAUUCCCUUUUCUGGGUCAUUCUUAUGCUCUUCUCCGGUGUCCUGGUCCCGCACUCAUCCAUGAAUACGUUCUACAGGCCCUGGUUGUUCUGGGCAGAUCCAAUGCGGUACUUCUUUGGAGGUAGUGUUUCAAAUGUUUUGCAUGGAGUCAAAGCGCAAUGCACGCCGAUGGAUUCUACUUUCUUCGACCCUCCCCAUGGUCAAACAUGUGCACAGUAUGCGGCUGUAUUCCUUGAAUCAUCGACUGGUUAUCUCAGCAAUCCAAGUGCCAUUUCGAACUGCUCCUUUUGUCCCUACACCGCUGGCGAUGAUUACACUGCAACUCUCGACUAUUUCUAUUCCGACAAGUGGCGCGAUUUGGCAGUGUUCCUGGGCUUUUGUCUCACUAACAUCGCCAGUCUUUAUAUCAUCAUGUGGUGGAGAGAAGGACGCUCUCAGCGUUGA